AUGGGUGUCUCAUCCUACGCAAAUCACUCAGUCGAGCAGAUCACCGCCGCCGGGAAAGAAAUAGGACCAAUCCACCACGUUAUGCAGCUCUACUCUAUGAAAGACCGCGAGAAGGAAGAGAGAGUUGUUCGUCGCGCAGAAGCUGCAGGCUGCAAGGCAAUCUUUCUUACGGCUGAUAGUCCCGUGUUGGGCGUGCGGUACAAUGAAGUACGAAAAACAUUCAAGCCACCGGGUAAUUUGGCGUAUCCGAUGAUGGAGAAGACGGCGGAGCAGAUUCAGCAGCAGUCGCAUGAUGAUGGGUUUAAGUCUUUCAAUGAUGACUCGCAUUCGUGGGCUAGGGAGAUUCCUUGGCUGCGGAGCAUUACAAAGAUGGAGAUAUGGAUUAAGGGUGUAUUGACACCUGAGGAUGUGGAAUCGGCUAUUGAGUAUGGAUGUGAUGGGGUGAUUAUCAGUAAUCAUGGUGGACGACAGCUGGAUGAGACGCCGGCAACGCUUGAUGUUCUUCCUGCGUGUGCGAAGGCUGCGCGCGGCAAAAUUCGAAUUCACAUUGAUGGAGGGAUUCGAUCUGGCACUGAUAUUUUUAAGGCUUUGGCCUUGGGUGCAGAAUGUUGCUGGGUUGGUCGACCGAUGCUUUGGGGCUUAGCUUACAAAGGACAAGAGGGUGUUGAACUGAUGAUCGACAUCCUAUAUCAGGAAUUUAGACGGUGUAUGCAGCUGGCAGGCUGUAAAUCUAUAUCCGAGAUAAACAGUUUGCAUCUUGGAGUUGUCCGUUCUGAUGGCCCACUGGCAAGACUUUAG